CGAUGAGCUGCAUCUCUCUUGUUGAACCUUCCCAAUUUCUUUAUAACCCUGUCGAAGUCACUUGGAAUAUGCACAUUGUCUUUUCCAUCUCUUGUUGUGUCUGCUAGUGGCUUUGGAUUAGUGCCUUCUUCUACAAUGCCACUUUCAUCGUUUCUCCGCAUUACUCCCCGCCUGGGGCCGACCGCAGUUUGGAGGUCAAGACGAACUGCUUCCACCGUUUCUUCCAGUGUCCCAAAAUAUCAAAACUCAUUAGAUUCGAUCCUCAUUGCAAAUAGAGGAGAAAUAGCUCUGCGUGUUGGACGAACCGCUGCUCAACAUGGCAUCAGAGUAACUACGCUCUACACCGACCCAGAUAGUCAAUCCCAACACGCACUCAGUUCGCCAUUUGCAUACAAUCUGGGCUCGGUUUCCGCUUACCUCGACGGAGACCGCAUCAUUGAGAUUGCAAAGAAAGAGGGUUGUCAAGGAAUACACCCGGGUUAUGGCUUCCUCAGCGAGAAUUCGGCGUUUGCACAAAAGUGCACAGAAGCCGGACUGGUCUUCAUCGGCCCUCCGUGGAAAGCUAUAGAGGAUAUGGGGGAUAAAAGCCGGUCGAAAGAGAUCAUGACAGCUGCAGGAGUACCCUGCGUUCCUGGAUAUCACGGUCACAACCAAGAUGUCGACUUUCUCGAAGCUGAGGCCGACAAAAUCAAAUACCCGGUGCUCAUCAAAGCCAUCAAAGGUGGAGGUGGCAAGGGGAUGCGGAUAGCCAGCUCUAAAUCUGAAUUCCAAGCCCAACUGCAGUCUGCAAAAUCAGAAGCCAUGAACUCGUUCGGCGAUGACCAGGUAUUGGUAGAGAAGUUUGUCACAACGCCACGACACAUCGAGGUACAGGUUUUUGCAGACAAGCACGGUAACUGUGUUGCUCUUGGAGAGCGGGAUUGUAGCAUACAGCGACGGCAUCAGAAGAUCUUGGAGGAGUCUCCAGCCCCUCACCUGCCAGAUGCGACAAGGAAAGACAUCUGGGCAAAAGCAAGAGAGGCUGCCUUGGCUGUGGGCUACGAAGGCGCUGGUACUGUGGAGUUUAUAUUCGACAAUGAUACGGGCGAGUUCUUUUUCAUGGAAAUGAACACUCGCCUUCAAGUUGAACACCCCGUGACAGAGAUGGUCACCGGUCAAGAUCUGGUCUACUGGCAGCUCAAAGUGGCCGAGGGCGCCGUGCUGCCACUGACGCAAGAGGAAGUGGAAGCCCAGAUGGCUAGCCGUGGACAUGCCAUUGAGGCUAGAAUCUAUGCAGAGAACCCUGACCAAGGGUUUAUUCCAGACUCUGGUCGCUUGCUUCAUGUCCGCACCCCUGAACCAACGGAGGACACCAGAAUAGAUGCAGGCUUCGUCGCAGGCGAUGAAGUCUCGGCCCAUUAUGACCCGAUGAUCGCCAAAUUGAUUGUGAGAGGAGACACCCGGCAAGAGGCGAUACGCAAACUUGCAGCAGCAUUAGAAGAAUACGAAAUUGCGGGGCCAAUAACAAAUAUUGAGUUCUUAAAGACCAUUUGCAAGAGCUCUGACUUCAUUGCUGGCGAAGUUGAAACGGGUUAUAUUGAAAAGCACCGCGAGGAGCUUUUCAACAAGGGGGUUAUUGAAGACGAAGUGCUCGCCCAAGUGGCGUUAGCUUGUCUGCAUGGCGACUCCGACCCAGCAUCCCGAAAGCAAGCCGAUUUCGAAGGGUCGGCUGUUGGCUUCCUCCCAAGCUACCAAACACGGCAGUUAACGUUCGCGAAUCUUUCGGCCCCAGAGUCCAAAGACAGCACCAAGUUCCAUGUUCACGUCCAACAAGUAGGCGACAAUGUGUUCAAUGUUGAAGUAGGUGGACGAAAGUUUGAGAGGGUCUUGAGUCACCGCAACCCGGCUUCCCAAGUUAUCACCUCGUUUUUCCCUCACACACGCCUCGAUACUACUGUGAUCCGAGAUGAGGACACUAUCAUCGCUUUCCAGCGCGGGACUCAAUAUCGGUUGACAGUCCCGAGGGCAGGGUGGAUGGACAAAGCAUUGGGCAUGAAAGACAUCACCAACAGCGUUCUGGCCCCAAUGCCGUGCAAAAUUCUGCGUGUGGAAGUUCAAGCGGGUGACACUGUGGAAAAGGACCAGCCGCUAGUCGUGAUUGAGAGUAUGAAGAUGGAGACGGUUAUCCGCAGCCCGCAACGGGGGACGAUUUCCAGAGUGGUACAUAAAACAGGAGACCAAUGCAAGAGCGGAACACCGCUUGUCGAAUUUGCGGGAGAGAGCGGUGAGAACUGAGGACCUAUAGGGGUGGAAAUAGGGGGCGGGAUGCGCGGAGGUUUCUAACCUGCAUAGUAAAUCCUGAAAAUAUGGGGGAAAGGGGAUCUUCCAGGGACGCAUCGGAGAGAGUUGCAGAAUGGAAUUCCCUUGAUAGCGAGGCGAAUAUAAAAGUAAUCAUGGAGCAUAUAUCGAAGUCAUGCAAGGGCUGGAAACUCAUUUACAUACCGAUUGGCUUUUAUUUUUCUGCAGUUAUUUAAAUGCUACCGAGAAGAUGGCAGUGCCCUGGGAAAGGCGCAUUACUCUGUAUUGUACUUACAUAAUUAUGCUGUAUGGACUAUCGCGGAGUACAAACAGUCGUAGAUCUAGGUGCUUGAUCUGACAGCAAGGCC